CUCGUGGCCUCCGGAGUCGAGCCGAGUUGAAAGGAUGCUGGCUAGUCUGUCUGGGGCUAGUGUCGGUGCCCUUCAGCUGAGGAUGCAAGGUCCAGAAUGCUACUUUGAACGGCUGAUUGGUCCACACGUAUUUAAGGUCCGCUAGUGCACUGACCUGGCUUCAGCUCGUAUAAAUGAGCAAACUCCUCCCUGCCACUUGAUGUUUCUGCGACGCUGAGCAACUUUCCACCCUGAUGGUCUGAGAACGAGUGCGAACAUGACUGUACUCGGGAUCAUCACCUUGUCUGCCAUCCAGACCGCAGUGACAAGUCUGCUCAUUUACUACACCUCCAAGAGAUCUCUCUUACGCCCCGCCGUCAUUCCCAUAAUAGCACUUACCACAUACAAAACAUGGUCCGCCCUCGACUUAUUCGGCCACACUCAGCCGCUCAAUCCCCUCAUGGCGGCGAUCGUCUUCGGAUUUGGCCUUCACCACUUUAACCUGCUCUGUACGGGCGCGAUAGACGUUGACGAUUUGAAAGAGGAUAUUCGCAAGUCAUUCCCUGCCAGUAAAAGUGGCCAAGACGAGUUAGAGAUAGCAGCGCGCACGACCUUCCGUCGCACGAUGUACAUAGCGACGUCUAUCCGCGGAAUCGGAACAAGCUACGAAGUCAAGAACAUCACCCAUGGAAAGGAAAAAUUUGAAUCCCGCCUCAACUUUCUUAUCCGCAACAUAGGCAUAAUCGCAGCGAAAUACCUCGUCCUCGACAUCAUGCUCUACAAACCCCUAACCCAGGAAGACUCAAACCGUUAUUUUUACGAAGGGAGCGAGUACCUUUUGUUUCGACCAGAAGGUCUCCCGCCUGCAACGAUGCAAGAUGCCGCCAAGAACCUUGCUAUUGCACUUUUCGCCUGCGGACCUACGGGGCCGUGGUAUAUUGAGCUGCAGUAUCGUGCUGUCUCGGUUGUUUCGGUUGCACUGGGGCUAUCUACGCCAGCCCAGUGGCCGGAGCUGUUUGGGUCUAUUACGAAGACGUAUACGCUAAGGGGGUUUUGGGGGAAAUACUGGCACCAACUAUUCCGCUGGCCCAUGACAUCCAUCUCCAGCUGGACCACCCGCAGACUCCUGCGCCUCCCCCGCCCCAGCGUUCUCGAGCGCUACAUAAAUCUCAUGAUUGUCUUCGUGAUCUCGGCGCUUCUACACGUCUCAAUGGACGGCCGCGCGGGCUUCUGGCCUCCGAAAUCCGGCGCAUUCCGCUGCUUCCCUAUACAGGCUCUGGGCAUUAUGCUUGAGGACGGGGUGCAGGAGGUUUAUCGGCGGCUGCGCGGGUCGAAAGGGCCAACGGUGCGGGAUAAGCUCUGGCCCAGAGUGAUUGGAUACGUCUGGGUCUGGGGGUUUAUGGCCUGUGUUCUUCCAUUGUAUACCUUUCCGCUGCUGCGGUAUCAGAAUGCGGCGAAGAACGGGGUGCCGGUUUCUGUGGUGCGGUUGGUGGAGAGUUGGGUUCGGCUUGAAUAAUUUGGGAAUUUUUGAGUGAAUUUCAAAAACUAUAAGAGUACCGCGUGCUGUGCCACUAACCAGUAUGAAAGAGUAUGCUCUAAUAUAUGACCGUAGUAUUUGAUAGGUUUUGUAUAGAUUGUCUGUCUGCUCCAAAUCAUGCAAACAAACAGGCUCAGCGUGGUUUGUUGCUGCGUAUGUCCAUUAUUAGUCGGGCUAGACUUGGCCCUAUUGCCUUCACUGAGCAUUCAA